AUGCCAAUUUUCAUUCUCUUCUUUCCCUUUCUAAACGAAUUUCUUUUUCUUCCAAUGUUUACUUUGCCUUUUUCACUCUUUAGCACUUGUUGCUUUUCCCUCUCUCUUUAUUUUCACUCGUUUUCUUUUUUUCCAUAUCAUUCCUCUCUCCCUCAAUCUUUCAACCUUUCGUUUUUUUCCCCAUCCAAUUUCUCUCUCACCCAACCUUUUUCUUCCUUUCACUUUGUUUCUUAUCUAAUUUCUCUCUUACACAAUCUCUUAGACUUUUUCGUCUUUUCCAUCCAAUUUCUCUCUCGUUCAACUUUCUCCUCCCAUUCAUUUUUUUCUCUAUCUAAUUUCUUCAUCAAUCGCUUGCACUCUUUCUUUUGUUUUUUUAACACUAAUUUUCUUCUCGCGAUUUUUUCUUCCUUUCAGUUCAAUCCAUCUAAUUUCUCUCUCAUCCAAACUUUUUCUCUCUUUCUGUUUUUCUAUCUAUUUUUUCACUCCCUCAAUCUCUUUCACCAUUUCUUUUUUCCAUCUAAUUUCUCUCUCAUCCAAACUUUUUCUCCCUUUCUGUUUUUCUAUCUAUUUUUUCACUCCCUCAAUCUCAUUCACCAUUUCUUUUUUCCAUCUAAUUUCUCUCUCAUCCAAACUUUUUCUCCCUUUCUGUUUUUCUAUCUAUUUUUUCACUCCCUCAAUCUCUUUCACCAUUUCUUUUUUCCGUCUAAUUUCUCUCUCAUCCAAACUUUUUCUCCCUUUCUGUUUUUCUAUCUAUUUUUUCACUCCCUCAAUCUCUUUCACCAUUUCUUUUUUCUGUUUUCCCUUACUUUCUCUCUCAUUAAACCUUUUUCUCCCUCUUUGAUUUCUUUUCCAUGUAAUUUCUCUCACACUUUCGUUUUUUUCUCUCCAUCUAAUUCCUCUAUUUUAAUAUCUAAUUUCUCUAUCAAUCAAUCUUUUUCAAACUUUCAUUUUUCUAUCAAUCUAAUUUCUCUCUCACAAAACCCUUUUCUCUCUUUCAGUUUUCUUCCAUCUAAUUUCUUUUUAACACAACCUCUUUCACCUUUUCCUAUCUUGUUCGACUCCUUUCUCGUUCUCUUUUUUCCAACCUCUCUUUCUUUCUGUAAAUAUUCUUCGUUUCUUUUCUCGAUAUUGUUUCUUCUUUUCCUCUCUCUCUGUUUCCUUUCUCUACUUUCUCUUCAUCGUCUCUUUCCUCGAUAUAUUUUCUUCUUUUAUUUCCUCUCAUUCUUUUCUAUACUUUGUCUUCAUCGUCUCUUUCGUGGUUAUUUAUUCUCCUUUUUCAUCCUCUCUUUCCAUUCUUAUCUUCUUGACGUUUUUUUUUUCUUGGUCUCCGUCCUUGUUAUUCUUUCUCGUUUUCUUGCCUCUAUUUCCUUUCUAUACUUUCUCUUCGUCGUGUCUUUCGUCGUUAUUCAUUCCCCUUUUCCUUUCUCUCAUUCUCUUCUAUACUUUAUCUUGGUCUUUUUACUCCUUUUCUUUCUCCUUUCUCUCUUUACUUUCUAUACUUUCUCUUCUUCGUCUCUGCUCCCCGUUAUUCUUCCUCCUUAUCCUUUCUAUGCUUUUUUUUCUUUGUCUUUUUUUUCGCGUUUUAUUCCUUCUAUUACUUUUUUCCUUUAUAUCCAUUCGCUUCUUCAUUUUUUUCCUCGUUAUUCUUUUGUCUUUUGCUACUUUUUCGUUUUCUAUACUUUCGCUUUUUCGUCUUUUCCUCGUUUUUCUUUCUUCGUUUCCUUCUUUUUAUUUCUUCUCUUCUUCGUAUUUUUCUUGACAUUCUCCGUUUUUCGCCUUCCGUUAUUUCUUUUCUAUUUUUUCGUUGUAGUGUGUCUUUUUAAUUUCUCUCUUUCCUUUCUAUUCGUCCACUCCCCCGUCCUUUCCUCUUUAUCCUGUUUCUUUUUCCUUCCUUUCUUUCUUUUCUAUUCGUUCACUACCCCGUCGUUUCCUCAUUAUUCUGUUUUUUUUUCCUUCCUUUCUUUCCUUUCUAUUCGUUCACUCUCCCGUCGUUUCUUCUUUGUUCUGUUACUUUUUCCUUCCUUUCUUUCUUUUCAAUUCGUUCACUUCCCCGUCGUUUCCUCUUUAUUCUGUUUCUUUUUCCUUCCUUUCUAUCUUUUCUAUUCGUUCAACCCCCCUUCGUUUCCUCUUUAUUCUGUUUCAUUUGCCUCCCUUUCUUUCUUUUCUAUUCGUUCACUUCCCCGUCGUUUCCUCUUUAUUCUGUUUCUUUUUCCUUCCUUUCUAUCUUUUCUAUUCGUUCAAUCCCCCUUCGUUUCCUCUUUAUUCUGUUUCUUUUUCCUUCCUUUCUAUCUUUUCUAUUCGUUCACUCCCCCUUCGUUUCCUCUUUAUUCUAUUCUUCUUUAUUCUGUUUCUUUUCCUUCCUUUUCUAUCUUUUUCUAUUCGUUCAAUCCCCUUUCGUUUCCUCUUUAUUCUGUUUCAUUUGCCUCCCUUUCUUUCUUUUCUAUUCGUUCACUUCCCCGUCGUUUCCUCUUUAUUUUGUUUCUUUUUCCAUCCUUUCUAUCUUUUCUAUUCGUUCAAUCCCCCUUCGUUUCCUCUUUAUUCUGUUUCUUUUUCCUUCCUUUCUAUCUUUUCUAUUCGUUCACUCCCCCUUCGUUUCCUCUUUAUUCUGUUUCAUUUGCCUCCCUUUCUUUCUUUUCUAUUCGUUCACUUCCCCGUAGAUUCUUCUUUAUUCUGUUUCUUUUUCCUUCCUUUCUAUCUUUUCUAUUCGUUCAAUCCCCCUUCGUUUCCUCUUUAUUCUGUUUCAUUUGCCUCCCUUUCUUUCUUUUCUAUUCGUUCACUUCCCCGUCGUUUCCUCUUUAUUUUGUUUCUUUUUCCAUCCUUUCUUGUUUUUCUAUUCGUUCACUCACCCGUCGUUUCCUCUUUAUUCUGUUUCUUUUUCCUUCCUUUCUUUCUUUUCUAUUCGUUCACUUCCCCGUCGUUUCCUCUUCAUUGUGUUUCUUUUUCCUUCCUUUCUUUCCUUUCUAUUCGUUCACUCGCCCGUCGUUUCUUCUUUAUUCUGUUUCUUUUUCCUUCUUUUCUUUCUUUUCUAUUCGUUCACUUCCCCGUCGUUUCCUCUUUAUUCUGUUUCUGUUCCUUCCUUUCUUUCUUUUCUAUUCGUUCACUUCCCCGUCGUUUCCUCUUUAUUCUGUUUCUUUUUCCUUCCUUUCUUCAUUUUCUGUUCGUUCACUUCCCCGUCCUUUCCUUUUUAUUCUGUUUCUUUUUCCUUCGUUUCAUUAUUUUCUAUUCGCUCACUCCCCCGUCGUUUACUCUUUAUUCUGUUUCUUUUUCCUUCCUUUCUUUCUUUUCUUUUCGUUCACUUCCCCGUCGUUUCCUCUUUAUUCUGUUUCAUUUGCCUCCCUUUCUUUCUUUUCUAUUCGUUCACUUCCCCGUCGUUUCCUCUUUAUUCUGUUUCUUUUUCCUUCCUUUCUAUCUUUUCUAUUCGUUCACUUCCCCGUCGUUUCCUCUUUAUUCUGUUUCUUUUUCCUUCCUUCCUUUCUUUCUUUUCUAUUCGUUCACUUCCCCGUCGUUUCCUCUUUAUUCUGUUUCUUUUUCCUUCCUUUCUUUCUUUUCUAUUCGUUCACUUCCCCGUCGUUUCCUCUUUAUUCUGUUUCUUUUUCCUUCCUUUCUUUCUUUCCUAUUCGUUCACUUCCCCGUCGUUUCCUCUUCAUUGUGUUUCUUUUUCCUUCCUUUCUUUCCUUUCUAUUCGUUCACUCGCCCGUCGUUUCUUCUUUAUUCUGUUUCUUUUUCCUUCCUUUCUUUCUUUUCUAUUCGUUCACUUCCUCGUCGUUUCCUCUUUAUUCUGUUUCUGUUCCUUCCUUUCUAUCUUUUCUAUUCGUUCACUUCCCCGUCGUUUCCUCUUUAUUCUGUUUCUUUUUCCUUCCUUUCUUUCUUUUCUAUUCGUUCACUCCCCCGUCGUUUCCUCUUUUUUACUUUUUUCCUUUCUUUCAAUUCCCGUUUUCUUCCCGUCGUUUCCUUUUUUACUAUUCCUUCCUUUUCAUUUUCUAUUCGUUCACUGCCCAACGUUUCCUCAUUAUAAUGUUUCUUUUUUUUUUUCCUUUUUUCUUUUCUAUUCGUUUACUCCCCCUUCGUUUCCUCUUUAUUCUGUUUCUUUUUUCUUCCUUUCUUUCUUUUCUAUUCGUUCACUCCCACUUCGUUUCCUCUUUAUUCUGUUUGUUUUUUCUUUCUAACUUUCUUAUCAAUUCGUUCACUCCCCCGUAUUUUCCUAUUUAUUCUGUUUCUUUUUCCUUUCUUUCUUUCUUCUCUAUUCGUUCACUCCCACUUCGUUUCCUCUUUAUUCUGUUUCUUUUUCCUUCCUGUCUUUUUUUUCUAUUCGUUCACUCCCCCGUCGUUUCUUCUUUAUUCUGUUUCUUUUUCCUUCCUUUCUUUCUUUUCUCUUCGUUCACUGCCCCGUCGUUUCUUCUUUAUUCUGUUUUUUUUUCCUUCCUUUCUUCAUUUUCUGUUCGUUCACUUCCCCGUCCUUUCCUCUUUAUUCUGUUUCUUUUUCCUUCGUUUCAUUAUUUUCUAUUCGCUCACUCCCCCGUCGUUUACUCUUUAUUCUGUUUCUUUUUCCUUCCUUUCUUUCUUUUCUUUUCGUUCACUCCCCCGACGUUUCCUCCUUAUUCUGUUUCUUUUUCCUUCCUUUCUUUCUUUUCUAUUCGUUCCCUCCCACUUCGUUUCCACUUUAUUCUGUUUCUUUUUCCUUCCUUUCUUUUUUUCUAUUCGUUCCCUCCCACUUCGUUUCCACUUUAUUCUGUUUCUUUUUCCUUCCUUUCUUUCCUUUCUCUUCGUUCCCUCCCACUUCGUUUCCUCUUUAUUCUGUUUCUUUUUCCUUACUUUCGUUCUUUUCUCAUCUUUAUCAUUUUUCUCGCUAUUGUGCAAUUUUUUUCUCACUAA